GACAACAAGCGAUUGGAUGCAUGUUUCGUUCCCUCUUAAGAUUUUCAAAGCCGUUGAGACAUAAACUCCUUGUAUUCUUUCUUUUGUGGAUGUUGCCAUUCGCUUACUAGCAAUCGUAUGCGUAAAUAGGUAUACGCAGCUUAAGAUUAAUUGCGCGUAACAACCUAUAAGAUAUUUAAGAUGGUGAAAAUAUUGCAAGCGUAUAAUUUUGCAAAGCAAAAUACAUUUGCUUUAAAUGGCGAGAUCUUGGCGGCGACAUUGAUAGAUUCCAACCGCAUUGCCAUUAGUAGUGCCGAACAAUUUAUAGAGAUUUAUGAUAUUGUCGGACGGACAAAUGCUGAAGCUCCACACUGUAGUGGAGGUGGCGAGGGUGGUGACAGUGAUGCGACAGCAGAAAUCGGUGCUGCAACAAUAAACGAUGAUGAUCGUUUGCCUAUUAAAUACUCUUUAGCCACUGUAGGCGAAGUUGUUAAUUUAAUAUAUUGCGAAGCGGGAAAAUAUUUAAUUACUUUGGAAAAAGAAAAUGUAGCAAGUCCGGUGCAUGCCAAUUCAACCAGUAUUAGCUGCACUAGCAGUAGCAAUAAUACCGUUGUAUACUCGGAGGAUGAUAUUAAGAUGUUUGUGCGGGUCUAUGCCAAUUUUUGGAAGUUUCCUGAGUCUAAACUAAUUGACCUUCCCAUAACUAUACGAAUUGCUUCAAUGACUACGCCGAAAGCUCCAUUAGUUAAAAGCAUUGAUGUCAUUGAGCUGCCAUUACGCAGUCCACCAGAUUUAAUACAAUGCUGUCAGACAUCGGGCAAUGUUAUCGUGAGUAGCAAGGAGCGUAUAUAUUUAUAUGAGUAUACUCAGUGCGUGCACGAGAGCACUCAGCCACGAUACAAAUAUAUUGACUUUUUGCCAUUUAAAUUUUUUGUGAAUUUGAAUUUUGUUCCGUCAAAAUUGAAUCUUGCCGAAAAUGUAAUCGCCUGCAUGAGCAAUCGCUAUUGCGUGGCAUUUCGUGUAGUGGAUGUACUAGCAAGCAAUGUGUGUACUGCUGGCGAUGGAACAGCAGCUAUUCACGCGACAGUAUACGAUCAGGGUAAUUAUGAUGCGGAAGAUAAUGCUGAUUUGCCAGAAAGUGGAGAAGUUAUUUCAAGUUCAGCUUCAAGUAUCGUAAGUAAGACCAGUGUGGGUCCAUCCAGUCAUAGUCACAAUAGUUUCGAGACUGAUUCAUUGGAAACGACAGUCAGUGGACGUUUGCAAACUAGUUUUCCUGGACGUACCGCUAUUGAUUUCAACGUAGCACGUCUCGUGAACUCUGCUUGCGGUCGCGAAUUUGAGGUUGAUCUACGGUCUCAAUGGGAAAUAGGCGAUAAUGAUGGCAAUGGCGCCGCUGGUGGUAUAAAUUGCGGAAAAUCGAAUAUAAAUUGUGACACACAGGAGAUCAUUAUUACUCCAACUAGAGCAAGUGAAAUCAAAAUAAAACUAGUCAACGAGGCUAAAGCAAUGAAUGUUCAGCGCAUCUCAAGCAAUGGUAAAAUUGUGUCCGCCUAUAAUGAGGACAAUAUGGUUCAGUAUGAUAUACGCAAACUGUUACAAAUAUGCAUGAAAUCAUCGGAAUCAGGUGGUGGGCGUGUUGUCGACAUUUUGCGUUGUAUGGAUCUCAAAGCAAUUUACCAACACUAUGACCGUGAUUCAGGGGAACUCGAAGACCCUGAAUAUGAAAUGGGCAAUCAACAAGUACCUGGAGCUAUAACCACAUCCAAACACAUUAAUCGUCGCACUUUAAAAUCUCCCAAACACCAAAGUUGCAUUGGUUUCGCUUUAUUGGUAGCAAGCAGUGUCGAUGGUUAUUUGUAUCAGUUUUGCGCACAGGGUAAAUGGUACAAUGAAAAUGAGAAGCCAAUUGCUACCUAUUCGUUUACCGCACCUGUUUUACAAGUUCACAUUAACGAUUACGUUAUAUAUGCGAUAACAACUGAAUCUGUGGAGACCCAUACGUCGCGUGUAGGUCAAAAAUUAUUUAACAACCGCUUUGAGUAUCCCACUUUGGUCGAACAAUUCCCCGAAGAAUCCAGCCCCGAUGUAAAUGCUCCCAUUGCAGUCAUCGGUCUAUGCUCGUUUAUACACGUGCAAUAUGUGUGCGUCAAUCGCAAUAAUUUAGUGUUAAUUAGUAACGGCAGCGCACCUAGCAACCAAAAUAAUAACGGGGAUAACACUAUCACUACACUAAAAAGGAGAAAUGCUGCCGGUAGUAAUGAUAAUGGCAAACGUAAUAUUGCUGCUCGGUUAAUAGCCGAAGCCAAAGCAAAACACAACCUGCUGCGCUUAAGUACCUCAAGUCACGCGGUUGUGGUUAACGAGUGGACUUUAUAUAAUCUAGAAGUUCCAUUAGUAGAGCAUGUAAUUGAUGAUUUAGAAAAUAUAGCGGAAAGCUAUCGAUCUGCAAGUAGCAGUAAUUUCUAUGAUCUCAUGGAGGAGGCCCACGUAAUGCUAAGAAUGAGCAUUUCUUUGCAAUUUGAAAAUUUUCACGAUAACCGUGAAGCAAAAUUACGUAAUAAAUUUAUGGAGAAUUGCCGCAAAUUGGCAGACUUUUCCAUAAGGUCGAAAAAAAAGGAAGUACACAUGCAGGCCACGGGAUUUUAUAAAAUGUGCAAUCUACAGUUACCAGAAAUCUAUACAAAUUACAUUCAGAAUUUUCUCAAUACAGACGCUGACGGCGAUGUGGGUCAUCCAUCACAGCACGAGUCAUUAACACCCGGCGAUGAUCCUUCAAUGGAUAGUGAACAGUUGGCUGGCUUAAUUUAUACCGUAAAAUUGUUUCUAAUUGAUUUGGGUACGGAUCGGUUGAAGGCCUCGUUUCUCAAUCAAUCCGUUAAACCAUUUUUUACGCCAAGUCGUGUUAUCAAACAAGGCUAUACACAGGUGCCUCUUUCACUGGAAUUUCUUAAUUUGUUUAUUAAAUAUUCCCCAGCGGAUAUACCACAAGUGAUGCUCGAUUCCCUUGUCGUGGCCGAUUCAAUAAGCGGCGAAAUUGUUAACUAUUUGAAAUUUCUAGAUUCAUUAAAUGCUGAUGAGAAUCUACUCUUGGCCGUUACGGCUUGUCGCAUGUCUAACUAUAUAGUCUCACAAGAGGUUGUAUGCAAGACUAAUAGGCACGAUUUGGCCAUCGCGUUAAUUAAGCAUAAAAAUGUUCUUUUCGAUGAUAGCACGCCAUUGUAUCAGAGGCAGAAACGAGGUAAAGUCACAAAAUCCAAUGGAGGUGACAAUUCAAAAUGCUCGCACUCGCAAUUGAAGGAUACAAGACGCAACUUUAUCGGAACCAAUCGUCAGCGGGGAAGUUCGUCUGGUGUGGGUGUGUACCCACACUUCAAUGAAAUUGUUUCGUUCUCUGACUUUACGGAAACCAUACUCUUGGCCACCGAAAAGCAAGAAUUAAUUGAAGCCAUUAGUGAUGUUUUUAUCCACGCGUUAUGCGUAGAGCAUAGCAUCACGUUAGAAUGUUUGCUGCAAUUAUUUUUGAACUUUAUAGCUUCGCACAUUGGCCAAAAGGGCUAUCAGACAUCGCAAAAAGUUUUUGUUAAUAUUUUACAGGUAUAUUAUUACGACCUCUUUGAUGUAAAUCCUUCGUGUGGGCAUCAGGAUCUUCCUUCCCCUUCGCCGCCGCAAAUCGAUGACGCUUACGAAGAAGGUGGCUUUUCUAAAGCCAAUAGCGAGCAGGAUACCGAGUCUAUAGCCCACUCAAAUGCUGAAAGCGUUUCCGCUGCUAGCUCAUCCAUCGCCGAGGAUCGUCGCGCGACAUCGCAUUACAAUCGCAUUGUCUACGAUCAACUUCAGGAACAACAUUCACCGUAUAAACGUAACUCAAAUGUUUCGCUUCUAAAUGGAAUAGAAGAACCAAGCAACGCUAGCGAAAUCAAUUGUAAAGGUUUGAAAAUUCUCUUUCGCAUGUAUAUGGGCCGUUUAAAAGCACUAAGCGACCUUAUCACGGAUCUACAAUCAGCCGAUGUCGAACAACAGUCUUUACAUGAAGAUUUCAUGAGUUUACGAUUGGAGUGCAUCGGUUUUAUGAUGCGCCAUUUGCAAGAGUUGCGUCAGGAGCGGCAAUAUUUACAAUCGACAAAUCACUUAUAUUACGCUGGCAAAUCGCAAUUAAUAAACGGUCGUUCCGAAGAACAGAAAUUAGUUUUUGUGCCAUUUAUACCCGAUUACAAGUUGAACGGCGAUGCGUUUGAGCAACACAUGAUAUCGUAUAUACGACCAAUACCAUGCCUGUUGGAUCGCCCCCAAUAUCUGAAUCGUUUGCCGCCGUUUAGACGCGGCGAUUUCAGUUACCCUAAUAAGGAUGAAGGCGAGACGGAUGUACAUUUUGUUGGCUGGCACAACGAAUUACUAACUUUGACUCUGAAAAUUCAGUCUCUAUUGGCGUCGACGAAAAUUGAUCGGGAAAUUGUUGAGGAAUUCAUUGCGUUUGUGCAGAAGACGCCAAAUCUGAUCGGUAUCGAUAGUUUCUUGGUAAUAGUAUUACCCAAAAAUUUAGCUAUAAACUAUAUGUUAAGCUUUUGUCCGGAAUACUUGUGGCAAUAUGGCAAGUCAAAUAACUUCAAUCCGAAACAAUGGGAGUCGUUGUUGAAAAAGCUAAUGAACAAAAAAGAUAUGCUACCAAAUUGGAAAACUCACAUAACAGAAAUUCUUAACAAUUUGGCGGCCGAUUUGUCAUUCGAAGAACUACUACAAUGCUUUCCUCCCGAUGUGCUGCAAAGUCGUCAUAAGAAUUUAUGGAGUAAAGAGUUUGCUUCUGAGUGUAAGACGACGACUAUGGGUGAGGACGGUGGCGGCUUAGCUUGUGAAGUAAGUCAGGAUCCUUUCUUAACCACAAUAGAGCGUGAUCAUGUGCCCAUGGAUAAUGUGGAUGAAGAUAAUGUUUUUGAGAUGACUUUAAGGAAAGCUGUUGCCAAACAACGCAGCAUUGCAUUACGAUCAAUGAUAGAGUCAACGGGUAAACAACUAUUUGAUGCUACCAGCAAUCCCAUGUAUAACCUUUAGAUGAUUUCCGUCUGUUAAAGAUCUCAUUUUGCCACACCAAAGUCGGUAAAUGCUCUUCUUUUACUCUCUACAAUAAGUAUACAACGUUAAACAAAGUGUUUGAAAAAAAAAACAAAAAAAAAAAAAAACAUUUUUAACUUUCGAUUCUAAUAGUAUAUAGAUCAAAUUUACACAACAUAAUACAGAUGGAUUAAAAUUAAUAGUAGUAAAUACCAUUUAGUAUAUAUAGAGAAGAAUCUGACAGAUUUUUAUUUAUAUUGAGAAAAAUACGCAUUUACAGUCUCUUCAGAAAUUGUUGAUAUGUUUGAAAAAUUCGAAAUAUAUUUUUAGUCAAUAUGUUUAAGGUAAUUUUAUAAUUAUGGAUUUUAUAUAUAUAUAUAUAUAUGUAUGGAUUAUGUGUACACGCACAAAUUUUAUUUAAUUUCUAACAAUGCGUAACUCUACGACCAUAGCAAUUAAGCAAUACUUUAGCAAAAACAUUUUAUUUAUUUAUUUUUAUUUAUUUAUUAUUAUUUA